AUGCAUCCACCAACCUUUUUGUUGUUGCUGGUUUGCUUGAACCCAAGUAUUGUAUUACCUCGCGCUGCGGUGUGCCCAUUUGCUUCACAUUUCACGCUGGGUGUGCUGCAGCGUGCUGAGACUAAAGCCUUUUUGCGUUAUCAGAUUCCUCCCCGCUCAGACGUCACUAUCGAGUUGAUUGAAGCUUGUAUACGGUAUACAUUAUGGUUCAACGCGUUGUAG